CUUUAUCGAAGUUUUAACGGCGCAGACUCCACGAGUAACCGACAACGUAAAGACGUCAGUUCAAAAAUCCCUUCUUUCCAUCGUUCGGCCUCGAACAAUACGGUCACCAUCUUCUUGUGAAGUUCGGCUGGCGAUUUAGCGUUGAGAAAUAAAAGGAUGGCAGCUGAAAACGAACGCGUUGGUGACUGUUCGGACGACGUUGACGCCGUCGAGGAAGAAGAAACCGGACCGAUUGAUAACAAAAAAAUUCUCAACUAUCCAAAUUUGUUGGCGGCGGCCGAAUUGAUGGCGAAGCAGCCCCUUUUACCGCCGCCAGUGAAACGACGUGUCAAAGCUUUAAAAAAACUCCAAUUAGAGGCGACCAACAUCGAGGCGAAAUUCUUCGAGGAAGUCCACGAUUUGGAGUGCAAAUAUCAUAAAUUAUAUCAACCGUUAUUCGAGCAAAGGGGUAAAAUUAUUUCCGGAGGUUACGAACCCAACGAUGACGAAUGCCAAUGGCCUUCGGACGAAGAAGACGAAGACAUGGCUAAAGAAUUCGAUAAUAAAGCGAAAAUAACCGAAUUAAAUGCGGAGAAAAAGGAGGAAGUAGACGAAAACGUUUCCGGAAUUCCCGAAUUUUGGUUAACGAUUUUUAAAAAUGUAAGUCCCUUAUCGGAAAUGAUUCAAGAACACGAUGAACCUAUCCUAAAAUCAUUGAUAGAUAUCAAAACGAUUUUUGUUGAAAAACCCAUGGGAUUUAUCUUAGAAUUUCACUUUUCCCCCAACGAAUAUUUCACCAACACCAUUUUAACUAAAGAAUACGAUAUGAAAUGCGUCCCAGAGGAAGAUGAUCCGUUCAGUUUCGAAGGUCCUGAGAUUUUUAAAUGCCGAGGUUGCACCAUUAACUGGAAUAAAGGUAAAAACGUAACGUUGAAGACUGUUAAAAAGAAGCAAAAGCACAAAAGUCGCGGUUUGGUUCGUACCAUAACCAAAACCGUACAAACGGAUUCCUUCUUUAACUUCUUUUCGCCGCCCGCCGUCCCAGACGAUGUUAACGAAGACGACGUCGACGAAGAUCUUCGUAAUAUAUUGACGACCGACUUCGAAAUCGGCCAUUAUUUACGCGAGAGGAUUGUUCCGAGGGCCGUCUUGUACUUUACGGGCGAAGGAAUCGAGGAUGAAGAUUACGAGUUGGAAGAAGAGGAGGAUGAUGACGAAGACGACGAGGAAGAGGAAGAAGGCGAGACAAAGGGAAACGCAAGAAUAGCUAACGAUACUGAAUGUAAACAACAAUAAAUAUUAUUUUUGUCAUUUUCUCUCCGAUAAUUAAAAAAUUAUUGCUUCGACACAAUGAUUAUUGUAAAAAGAACGUUAUUGUGAGAGAAAAUUUAUAUUGAUCGUAAUUCGUUAACUAUUAACGAGCAUUUAUUUAGUUUCUCUUGUUUUGUUGAAUAAGAACGUUGCCUUUGUCGAGGAAAUUGUUGUAUUUGCGAAAUACAAGUGCGAUACUGUUAGUAAAUUAUUUAUAUUUUAACUGUUUCCUCGUAUUUUUACUUAAAAUACUGUAUUUCUUCGCAUAUCUUUUUGGAAUGCUUUAAAUAUUAAAAAAAAAUGAAAUAACUAGUAAAGUUUACAUAUUUCCUAAAAUUUC